GAGGAAAAAACAAGUGGUAGUAAAUUCUUGAACUUAAUCACUAAAUGUUAAAUGACAACAACAAUGAAGACACCCUGCAUAAAAGAAGAUCAACCAAGUGUUUAUGUAAAGGUUAUGAGUGCUGGAUUAGCUGCAUGUAUUGCUGAUGCUGCGACGUUCCCAUUAGAUACAACAAAAGUUCGCCUUCAGCUACAAGGAGAAGGGAAAACUACGGGAAUCCGAUCAAAACCGGUAACCAGUUUAUCUCGGUCCAAAGUAAAGUACAGAGGACUUUGUCAUGCAGUUAGUGUAAUUGCUCGUGAAGAAGGUGUCCGGGGACUUUACAAAGGUCUGGUUCCAGGUCUACAGAGACAACUGUGCUUCUCUUCAGUCAGGCUGGGUCUAUAUGACGAAUUCAAAGAUUUUUACUUUAGUUUAUUAUACAAAGAUUCAGAAAAGAAGGACAUGCCUAUCAAAAUUCGUCUCCUGGCUGGUGUCACCACUGGUGCUCUGUCUGUUAUAUUGGCUCAGCCUACAGACGUGGUAAAAAUUCGUAUGCAGGGACAGAGUUCAUCAAGUUCCCGAAUAUAUAACAGUUCUAUAAGUGCUUACAAAUGUAUAGCAACCGAGGAAGGAAUCCGAGGACUAUGGAAAGGUGUAGUGCCAAAUAUUAUCCGAAACAUUGCUGUCGGAGUUACAGAAAUGGUGACGUACGACGUCGCUAAACACAAGAUACUUCAGUCUGGUGUUCUAACAGACGGUAUUCCUUGUCAUUUCCUGUCAGCUGUUACAGCUGGUUUAAUUGCUGUUAUCGUAUCCUCCCCCGUAGAUGUCGUAAAAACAAGGUAUAUGAACGCUACAACUGGCCAAUACUCUGGGAUCUUCAAUUGCGCAUAUGGAAUUUAUUCUGGUAGUGGAUGGACCGGUUUUUAUAAAGGAUGUGUGCCGUACUUUGCCAGAAUAUGUUCGUGGAGUAUUGUCAUGUUCCUUACAUACGAACAGCUGAAGACAAUGUUUACACCUAAAACAAACCGUAAAACUAUGCUAAAUAUCAUUGAACAAGACAAAAAUAUAAGACUAGAAACACGUCUCUAAUUUAUAUAGCAACAUGGCUGUUUAUCAAAAAGAAGAUCGAAAGAAACAAUAAAAUCAACAUGGAGAAAUGUCUCGUCAGCAUUACCUCUGAAUAAUUGGCGAAUGUUUUAGAGAUAACGUCCUCAAACAAUUAACAAUAUAUUAAAAUGAGGUUAAAAUUUGUUUACACCCGUCAGAUAGCCAUAUGCAGCUAACGGAUUCGAAAGAACAAAUAUAGAUUAUCUUAGAUCUCAUUUGAAGAGAAACUUAGAAUCUAAUCUAAUGAAUCUUUCAACCAAAGAAAUGAGUUCUAGGAUAAGUGAUUUACUACAAUCAAACUCAUUCUGUAAUCACUUCAUAAUAUGAGAAACUGUCCAAGCUGUAUAACGUAGAGGUUUUCACUGUAUCAUGAAAUAGAGGAAACGAGUGGCUGGGCCCUGCCAGGCGGAUAUUUUACAAUCAUUUUAUAGGCCAAUUAUAGUUAAUCUAGUGAGUAAUGUAUAUGAGAAACUGACCAAAGCGCGGAACUUUAAUGUUGAUCAUCAAACCAUCGAAAAGAUAUCAGGUGACUUCUGGCAUUUCUAUUUUGAAAGACUAAAUUGUAACUGCUCAUGCGCGAAACAUUCCAUAGACCAAAAAUGUUAAACACUAAAUUAAGAGCGCGAAUAUAAAAAUUGGCUCUAAGAAGUCAGUAAAUGAAGGUUUUCUGCUAUACGCCAGCUGGAAAUCUAAGCAUACAAGUCAUAUGUGCUCGGGGCAGAAUGUUCGUCUGACAUUGUUUCUCAAGCAAGGUGUAGUUCUAACCUAAGGGAAAUCCAAGCUUAGCUAGUAAUGUUAAAUUGUUUAGUGGUCAUUGUGUUGUUGUAAAAGGACUCAUUUCGUAUACGGAACUCGGCAAUAACAUAUAAAAAUAAAUUGUGAUUUGGAUGGAGAGAAAUAUAUCA